UUCUUAAUUUCUUUAUUCAAAAGCAAAGAGAGAGAGAGAAAACAAAUCGAGGAUCUGAAUCGUCUUCUCAGUAAACAAAUACACACUUGUAUCUUCUUCACUCGACACACACAAAUCCAUAUAUAAACAUUUAUCCUCUCUUAUCUAUCUUUAAACGCUUGUCGUUUUGAUUCUAGAGCCCUAGAUCUUAAGCCACUAAGAUCAUCAAACUCUCAUCUUUCUUUAAGAUCUGGGCUGGAUACAAAGAUUCUAGUUUGGUCUACCAAUCUUCUCUUUUCAUUGCCAGUUCCGCGGGAAUCAAACAGUGUAUUAGCUUGUGGAGCAAAAAGAAUCAGGAGGAAGUAAAGUCUUGAUUGCGUCGUACGUUGUGUGGGGUUUUUUAUCUCAAAUGUGUAAAAGAAGUUAAAUAAAGAUUCAAACUUUACUCUCAAAUGGGGGAGACACAGAACCUCCACUCGCCUCUUCGUAACCGCUCUUCUCUAAAGAAGCCCUUACUGAUCCUUCUAUCAGUCUGCAUCACGAGCCUCCUCUUGAUCUGCACUUACACGUACCCACCACAACACAACGUUAAACCCCCUGCUGCUUGCGAGGGUCUGUCCAGCAGAGGCUGCCAAGCCGCUCUCUCAGGAUGGCUUGACGUCCACGUGAGGAAACACACCGACGAGGAAGUCGCCGCUCGAGUUGUGAUAAGAGACAUACUCAGAACUCCUCCUGCUCUGACCUCUAGAUCGAAGAUAGCUUUCAUGUUCUUGACCCCUGGCACUUUGCCGUUUGAGAAGCUCUGGGAUGAGUUUCUCCAGGGGCAAGAAGGGAGGUUCACUGUUUAUAUACACCCGUCGAGGCUAAGACCGGUUCACAUCAGCCGUCACUUUUCAGACCGGGAGAUUCAUAGUGAUCAGGUUACUUGGGGAAGGAUCUCUAUGGUUGAUGCUGAGAGACGGCUUCUAGCAAAUGCUCUUGAGGAUCCAGACAACCAACACUUUGUUCUUCUUUCAGAGAGCUGCAUACCGUUGCAUACGUUUGACUACACGUAUAGAUACUUGAUGCAGGGGAAUGUCAGCUUCAUUGACAGUUUUGAGGAUCGUGGCCCUCAUGGGACAGGCAGACACAUGGAUCACAUGUUACCUGAAAUCCCUAGGCAAGAUUUCAGAAAAGGCGCUCAGUGGUUCACGAUGAAGCGUCAACACGCUUUGAUAGUGAUGGCUGAUAAUCUCUACUACUCUAAAUUCCGGCGGUACUGCAGACCUGGGGUAGAAGCAAACAAGAACUGCAUCGCGGAUGAACAUUACCUCCCUACAUUCUUCCAUAUGCUUGAUCCGGGAGGAAUCUCGAACUGGUCAGUCACAUAUGUUGAUUGGUCUGAGCGUAGAUGGCAUCCAAAGACUUACAGAGCUCGCGAUAUCUCACUUAAGUUCUUGAAAAACAUCACGUCCGAUGACGUGAGUGUACACGUGACAAGCGUUGGCAAGCGGGGAGAAGAGCUUCAUUGGCCAUGUACAUGGAACGGUAUAAGAAGACCAUGUUAUCUGUUCGCAAGGAAGUUCCACUCAGAUUCUGUUAACAAACUGGUCAGACUCUUCCCAAACUACACCAGCACAGUGGUCUGAGAGAGAGAGAGGUAAAGACAGACUCAAGUUCUUGGAACUGUACCAUACGAAAACAGGAACGAAACACUUCCUGAUUAUCUCGAGGUUGGAUUGGAUGGCAGAUUACUGUAAAUUUUCUGAAGAAUUUGAAAAUGCUUUUGGAUGAGACAGGCUACAUACUCUGCUGGUUAAGCUUUAUUAGUAUAACCAGAGAUUUUUUUUUGGUUAUUGUGAUGGUUAGAGUGUACCGGUUUAUGUUGUUGUAACUUGAGCUAUUAGCAGUUAAGCAUAAGGAGUUGAUUACUUUUACAAUGUUAUGUUCCAUAUAAUAUAAUACAAAUAUAAUAUGCAACUA